CCCACAACCCCAAGCGACAAAAGUCUAGAGACACUACAAAAAAUAUUUUAUAUUAAUCAAACAUGAAAACUCAUCUCCUCUUACUCAUCAUUCCUCUCUUCGUCUCCCUGUCUCAAUCACUAAAUUUCCGUGACCAUGAACACCAAACCCAUUCCUCAAAUCUAAAGAUCUUCCACAUUUUUGGGGCAUGUUCACCGUACAAACCCUCGAAGCAAUUAUCAUGGGAAAACACUCUCCUUCAAUUUCAGAACAGGGACAAGGCUCGUCUCCUGUACUUGUCCAGCCUCGCGGUGGCAGGAAAAUCCGUCGUUCCGAUCGCUUCGGGCCGUCAAAUCGUUCAGAGUCCGACGUACAUUGUUAGGGUGAACAUCGGUACUCCGCCGCAGCCGAUGCUCGUGGCUUUGGACAUUGGCAAUGACGCUGCUUGGGUUCCUUGCACGGGCUGUGUUGGGUGUUCUUCUUCUGUGACCUUUGACUCGUCCAAGUCCACUUCAUUUAGGUCACUUGACUGUCAAGCUUCCCAGUGCAAGCAGGUCCCUAACCCUACUUGCAACGACGGAGCGUGUGCAUUCAACAUGACCUACGGUGGCUCGGCCAUAGCCGCGAACCUCACACAAGAUACAUUGACCUUAUCAAAGGACUCGAUCCCGAAUUACACCUUCGGAUGCAUCGGAAAAGCCACCGGAAACUCUCUGCCGCCGCAAGGGCUCCUCGGCUUAGGCCGUGGCUCAUUGUCGUUAAUGUCGCAAACCCAAGACUUGUACAAAUCCACAUUUUCGUAUUGUUUACCUAAUUUUAGGUCGCAGAACUUCUCUGGGUCGUUGAGAUUGGGACCAGUGGGUCAACCGGUGAGUAUAAAGACCACUCCUUUGCUGAAAAACCCAAGAAGAUCGUCUCUUUAUUACGUGAAUUUGGUUGGGAUUCGUGUCGGGAACAAGGUCGUCGAUAUUCCCCCGAGUGCUUUGGCUUUUGACCCGGUCACUGGCGCUGGCACCGUCAUUGAUUCCGGGACUGUGUUCACGCGUCUGGUUGAACCGGCUUACGUCGCGGUGAGAGACGAAUUCAGGCGUCGAAUCAAGAACGCGAACGUUACAUCUCUAGGCGGUUUCGACACUUGCUUCAACGGCCCCAUUGUCGCCCCGACAAUUACCUUCAUGUUCGCGGGAAUGAACGUGACAUUGCCUCAGGACAACUUCCUCAUCCGCAGCACUGCAGGUAGCACCACCUGCCUCGCCAUGGCAGCUGCCCCAGACAACGUUAACUCCGUUCUCAAUGUUAUCGCGAGUAUGCAGCAGCAGAACCACCGUAUUCUCAUUGACGGCACCAACAACAGGCUUGGCGUUGCGCGUGAACUUUGUACCUGAAAAAUAAAAGGCGGAUUGACGAUUCGAAUGUCAUCUAUUCUAGCUUUCGAGGGCAAUAUUCGAUUUGGAUAACAUUUCUAAUAUAUUUAGCCAUCGGAAAUUUCGUGAGAAGUUUUAAAAUAAAGCGAGGUUUGCACAAGUUAGGUGAAUGUAAUAGUAAUGUCAAUGAUCCUUGUUUUCGUUCCCAAGAUUAUUUAUGUUUGCCUUUGUGCAAAGAGUGUAUGUGAAGAGGGCUAAUCUCCAAAAUAUUAAAGUUUCCAUUCAUUUGCACCCA